AUGUCCAAGCAAUUCGAACAUCUUGCCAAUGAGAUAUUAAUCACUAUUUUCGAUUAUGUUAGCGUUCAAGAUUUAUAUAGAAGUUUCUGGGGAUUGAAUCAACGAUUGAAUGAUCUUCUUCAAUCGCUGAAUAAGUUAUCCGUGAAAAUCGAAAACAAUGAUUUAUCGUUGAUCGAAACACUUGCCGAUCGAAUUAUUCGAUUAGAAGUUGACAUCCCUGAUGGUGUUAACUGGAGUCUAUUUCCAAAUCUACGAUCAUUAACACUAAAGCGAAUAACUUUUCCGCAAUCAAAUGAACUUGCAUUAGCCCACUUACCUUAUUUAACCUAUUUUUCACUUCUAUCAUGUGGAUUCGAUGCGUCGAGUUAUCUUGCAUAUCAAAUUUUCACCAAUUGGUUUCCUUCUCUUCGUUACGUUAAUCUAAGUGGAGUUGGUAUGCCUUACGGACGCACAUGGUCUCCGUUACCUAAUCUUCGUUCGGUGUACGCAGUCUGUAGUGAUCCAAUUCUGCUCUCGCUUAUUCCCACUGCGUGUCCCAAUCUUCAUCGAUUGGAAGUCAAACUCGUUUCAAAUAAUUGCGCGAUUGGUCUUCCUUCGUCUUCCAAUCGACAUGUUCAAGCACAUCCACUCAAACACUUCAUUCUUACUGACAGUCCAGGUUAUCUACGUCUUGACAAGAUUGAUUUUCUCUUUACUUUCUUAUCCAAUAUUGAAAACCUUAAUUUGUUUACACACGAUCUGCCAUUUUAUGAACUCGUCUUAGUACUCAUCAAUAGACUGCCUCAUCUUCGUCGAUUCGAUUGUAAUAUUGGCCAAUCGAAUGCACAACAAAGCCAGAAUGUGGAUAUUGAUACCAUUCGAGCUAUUCGUCCAUGUUUCGGUAGGAUACAAUGUAUAGAGAGAAGAAAUGGUCGGCGACUUUAUACAACAACUGAGGAAUGA